AUGAAUCGUGAGAUCCCGGGGUUCUAUUAUGACCCGGAGAAGAAGAAAUACUUCAAGAUUCAAGCCAACCAUGCUGCAGCUCCAAAUGCACAAUAUUCACAGCAAUCUGUGAAGCGGAAGCGGUCUGAGCUGACGACAAGAGAGAACAAGGCACGAUUGAAACAACGUGAGGAAAAAGAGACGAUCAGAAAGGCAGCAUCGUUGAAGCAUCCCUUACUUCAUCUCCAAAGAGAGGUUGGAGCUGUUGAAACCUCCUCCCGUAUCAGGCAAGACCAGCAGGCUCGCAUUCAAGCCAGCCAACUGCAUCGUGGGGAACUCCAUCGUUUUGAACCAUGGCCCAACUCAUACAGCAUCCGACAUGUCUUGCGCAACCCACGUUCUGGAACUUUGAUUGCUAGUUCGGCUCGUGGAUAUGAAUCGUCUGUAUCGGUCUGUUUCCCUGACAUUGACGAGUCACAGUGGAGAUACGAUCACACUAUGGAACGGGUGUUAUUCAGAGAGCCGUACUGGUUAGGAUCGAUGUCUUUGAGCCACACAGGAUACCUACUUGCGACAAUGAACGAAGGACCGCAAGGUGACUGUUUCCUUUCGGCUCAUCUCCUCCCAGAGCCCGACGAGGGCGGCAACUACCGCUGGCCAACAUUCUCUCAUCCAAUUCGGAUCAAACCCCACUAUCCGAUGUCCUUCUGGUGCUCCGCGGCCCAGCCCACAGGCUCCAGUGCCCACUUCGCCAUAGGGACUUCAGAAGGACUCCACACGCUAGAGGGUACGAUCAGUCAUUGGAGCCUAUCGAAGAAGCCAUUCAAGGGCAAUACGGUUUCCACUAACACCAGACGCCCCGACCGCAGCCAGAGCAAACACAGCGUGCAUGCCGUGGAAUGGAUGUCACAGGACGUGAUUGCAGCGGGACAGAAAAACUCCAAGAUCUUCCUCCAUGACCUGCGCAGUGGUGGCAGUGCCACGCGCCUCCAACACAACGAUUCCGUGAUGGAAAUGAAACAGGUGGAUGAGUACCGGCUCGUGGCGGCGGGACCUCGCUCGCUACAAAUGUACGACCUACGCUUCGCGCCAAAGGCGCUUAAACCUCAGGACUCAUCGAAGCCUUACCUCACUUUCCCCGAUUUCUCGUCACUUCCAAUUCCAACCUUCGACCUGAGCACCGAGCUCGGUCUACUGGCUAGUCCUUCCCAGUACUGCAAAAUUCAGCUCUUCUCUCUCCAAACCGGACUGCAGGUCUCCUCGCCUCUCACGAGGCAUCAAUACUCCUCCCCACCUAGCUGUGUGCGAUUCGAGUAUGGCAAUGAUACCCCAGAGUGGCGGGGCCCACAAGGACCGAGUUUGUUGGUCGGCACGGAUGAUGCAGUUGAGCAGUGGACCUGGUAG